AUGUCGUCUGCAAACAGCAACCCGCCUAUUUUCCCCGAGGCAGAAAAAUUUGACGGUACCAAUUUUGGCACAUUCGAAACACUUAUUACCAUCGCGGCUAGCAGCCGAGGCGUACUGGGGUAUUUACAAGGAACUAUCACCAACCCUGCUCCUUAUCCAAACCCCACGACCUUAAACUACACCCCUACGUUACCAAAUGUCCCGCUCCCGGAUGAUCCCACUCCAUGGUACUCCACUACACCCUCAGGUGCAGAGUGGGCCAUGCGCGACGCCUGGGCACGUGCAUUGCUCCUCUACAACACUAAAAAUGCUGUCGGGCUGGGACUCAAGCUCGAUGGUACAGCUGCAGAAGCUUGGAACUCACUCACCUCCCAAUACAAAGUCUCUUCCGACCUCGCCAUGAUCACCGCUCAACGUGACCUCCGAAAUAUCACUUUCACCGACGGGAAUGACUUCCCUACCCAUAUUUCCAACCUGCGUACCAAAUGGGUAACGGCGAACAAUGCCGGCGCGAAGAUAAAUGAUGCGGAUUUCCGUAUGGUCAUCCUGUCCUCGCUCCCUGCAUCCUGGGAUAGUGUUGUAGGCACGCUUUAUGAAGCGAAGUCCUCAGCGGACGUGAUCAGUCGUCUGACGAUUCACUGGAACCGAAUUGACCGCUCCAAGUCCGUCGCAAACCCAGCUACAACUGUCACAGCACUCCAAGCAGACACGAGGAAGCCACGAAGUCAGUUACUGUGCGCCAACCAGAAUUGCGGACGACGGGGACAUACCAUAGCAAAUUGCUACUGGCGCGGCGGAGGAAAAGAGGGUCAAUUUCCUCCGGGUUUUGGACAGCGCGGUGGUGCGCGCGGUUCAACGCCCAACAACGCCACUCCAAAUACCUCGUCGGUCACUGCAGCCCUCACAGACGCCACACCCACCUCUGAAAUAACCCUCGCUCUCGUCUCGGACAUGGGCCAUCGCAAUUAUCUGUUGACUGAAGAUGUGAAGGUCGUCUCAACUGUUGGAGACGAGGUUGUAGACAUCCACGCACCUGGGGAGGACCUCCUCGCGUCGAGGGACUGCGUCCUGGACUCAUACCCCCAUGGUGCCUGGGGAUGCACACAUGCGUUAGCCGCAACGACUAACCGAGGGGAACACAACGUACCCACUUACGCCGACUCUGCAGCAAACAAACAUUGCUUCGUAAAUCGGUCGGACUUCUCCACCUACCACGCCUUGUCCCAGCCCGACGAAGGACAAUCUGCAAAUAAAGGGGGUCAGUUUCGCAUUGUAGGACACGGCGCCGUCACCAAAACCAUAAUCUCCGGAUCACUGAGGACGACGCUCACAUUUAAACAUGCUGUACACACCCCCGACCUCAUUGCGAAUCUUGUCUCCAUCAGCAAGUUGGAUGAAGCCAACUGCUGGACACUCUUUGGAGGGGGAGGGGUCACCUUCUAUGAUAUGCAUGAAGGACAGAAGAGGACGCUCAUGAAAGGUACAGGAAACAAUGGAAUGUACCUUCUCAAUGUGGAACCGUUGACCCACGCCCUCACUGCGUGCUCUCUCAACAAACCCACCAGUCUUGAUACAUGGCACCGGCGCCUGGGACACGCUGGCGUCCAUUCCAUCACUGACAUGGCUAGACGAGGCCUAGUUGACGGUCUUAACGUCUUGGGGGAUGUGAAACUCGAUGGGAAGUGCGAGGAUUGCAUCUACGGCAAGCAAACGGCGCGACCUUAUGAUGGGGCGGUCGAACCUGAGACGGAGGUGCUGGAGUGGGUAUACGGAGACUUAUGGGGACCUGCCCGUGUGCGCUCUGUUGGGGGAGCAGUAUACAUGUUCGUACUGAAUGAUGGCGGGUCCUCUUACCGUGUGGGAUAUUUCCUCACCUCCAAGUCUGGCGACGCGACACUUGAUGCCUUCAGUGAAUACCACACGAGGUCGGAACGUGAGACGGGGAAGAAGCUCAUUCGCCUGAGGGUUGAUAUGGGGAGUGAGUUCUUCAACGAGAAGUGGAGGGAAUAUACCACGAGGCACGGAAUCAUCGUGGAAUUUAGCGCACCAUAUGCCCACGGCCAAAAUGGGGUGGCAGAACGUGGGAUGAGAAUCAUCAUCAAAGGUGUGCGCUGUGUCCUCGCUGAUUCCGGACUUCCCCCCUCACUCUGGGCUGAUGCCGCCGCCUACAUCAUAUACACACGUAACCUCAUUCCGUCCGCUCGCCAUCCUAGACUUAUUCCUGCUGAGAAGUGGACCAACAAACGACAGGACAUAUCCCACCUACGCCCAUUUGGAUGCAUUGCGUACGCCAAGAUACCGGCAGAGAUAAGCAUAUCGAAGUUAGCGCCUCGAUCAAUCAAAUAUGCCUUGAUUGGUUACUUCGGACGCGGAACCUAUAAGCUAUGGGAUCGGGCAUCAGGUACGACCAUUAAGAGUCGUGAUGUCAUCUUCGAAGAAGGCCACGGACAUCGUACUAUUCCCGACGACGGCGACAUGCCUCCUCUCGUUAUUAUUGACGACGAGGAUGACUUCGACGAUGACACCCCACCAACGACUACCUCCAGCGUAGACUCUACAGACCCUGGCGCUGUGGUUGUCCCAAGGAAACCUCUUGCCCCUCGUCCUCGGCCCACUGACCCACCUUUACAUCCUAACGCCACAACGCCCACUGUACCAGCAGAGGCUACUCCCACGCCCACACCACUACCUGAUGCCCCAACACCAACCGUACCUAGGCGCUCUGCACGUCUCGCUGAUUUAGGAACUGGGGCACCCACAGACACGACCGCCCUCCACACGACACUCCCAGAUUCCCAGGUACCGCGCAGCUACUGGGAAGCAAUCACUAGGCCUGAGCUAUGGAAGCCGGCAAUGGACACAGAGUGGGGUGUUUUGAGGGAGAGGGGCGUAUUUGAGCUGGUGGAUGCUCCACCUGAGGCGCACAUCAUAGAUUCAAUGUGGGUAUUCACGAACAAGUACGACGCUAACGGAAACAUCAUCAGACGCAAGGCCCGCCUAGUCGCAAAAGGAUAUACCCAGAUCCCAGGCCUCGAUUACGACCAGACGUACGCUUCCGUCGUUCGUCUGGAGUCCUUUCGCAUUGUCGCCGCCAUUGCAGCCUCACUCGACCUCCACAUUUGGCAAGUGGACAUCGUUGCCGCUUUUCUGUACAGCACAAACAAGUUCACCACUUAUAUGCGCCAGCCGCCCGGUUUUGUCGUCCCGGGGGAGGAGAGAAAGGUUCUACGGGUCGUCAAAACAUUGUAUGGUAUGAUGCAAGGAGGCUACGACUUCCAGGUCGAAAUGUCAGGCGCGUAUGAAUCUCUGGGAUAUUACAAGUCACUCGCCGACCCAUGCGUCCACUCCCGCACCAUUGAAGGGGUACAGACCAUUACCAGCACUUAUACCGACGACAUCUUUGGCGCGUCUUCAACCAAGGAAGGGGCGGAGAGGGCGAAGAAGGAGAUUGAGGCCUGCUUCGAGAUUAAGGAUGUGGGGGACCUCGGUUACAUCUUGGGGAUCCAUUUUGAGAAAGACGAGAACACCGGUGCGAUCUCACUAUCUCAGGAAGCUUACAUUCGACGCAUACUAGAGCGUUUCGGCAUGCUUCACUGCAACGCCAAACCCACCCCACUUCCUUCCGGCAUCACAUUAUCCGAAUCCGACUGCCCCAAAACAGAUGAAGACCGUCAUUACAUGAAGGACAAACCAUAUCGCGAAGCUCUCGGCUCCUGCAUGUGGGCUCAAGUAGCCACGCGCCCUGACAUCGCCUAUGCCCUCAGCGUACUCGCGCGCUUCCAGGGAAAUCCUGGUCCAGCACACUGGAAGGCGAUGCUCCAUCUCCUCGCCUAUCUCAAGGGGACGAUCGGCUACAAAAUCACUUACAACCGGGGAGGCAGCCUUGACCCCAUCGGCUUCGUCGACGCAGACUACGCAGGAGACGUUGACACGCGUCGAUCCACAUCGGGAUACGUAUUCACAAUAGCUGGUGGACCCGUAUCUUGGAGCGCGAAGCGACAAGCUACAGUUGCCCUCUCCACCACCGAGGCAGAGUACAUGGCGCUCACACACGCCGCACAACAGGCACUGUGGAUGUAUUCCUUCAUGUCAGAGAUCGGUCUCGCUCGAAAAUUCCCUGCCAUCCUUCACGGUGACAACGCCGCUUCCAUCGCCCUCACCCUCAAUACCAAAGGACACGCACGUGCAAAACACAUUGACAUACGGCACCACUACAUCAGGGAACGAGUAGCGGAAGGAGAAAUUGGGCUCGUACAGAUCCCAUCCGAGGAAAACCUCGCCGACAUCUUCACAAAACCACUCCCUCGCAUCACCCAUCAAAAGCUCGUUCGAGCACUCAAGCUGGACUCUUGA